UUGACUUUUGAGUAUAAAGAUUUGAAAAGAUUUAAGAUAUUUUUGGCUUCUUAGGCUUGAAACUAGAUCAAGAAAACACCAACAAUGAUAGAUUGAACAAUUUCUCGCAAUUUUCAGCCCAUCUGCAUUUUUAAUUUUUUUGAAAUACUUUUUUAUGACAUUUUUAUCUGAUGAAAAUUUAAUGGUGCAGAAUGAGUUAGAUUGACGAUAGUUGAUCAAAGUGAUUAUAUCGAUACAUUUUGCGGGCAACAGCUGAUUUAAAUGGUUUUGCUAAAAAGUCAAAAAAUAAACAACAAUAAACAAAACUUUUGCGGACGCACGUGCAGACUGUCAAACUAAAUAAUUUGUAUUUUUUUAUAAGUGAUUAAAUUAAAACAGUCUCAAAAUGAGCAUUGAACCAUUUAAUAAAUACCACUUAUGCAAUUUUAAUGAAAGAACUACAACAGAAGAUCUACCCACAGAAGCAAUACGCCAGCUGUGGUCAUGCAAUUGGAGUACAACACGUUUACAAACGAUUUUAGAUAAUUGGCAAGAAAAUAAAAAUGUAGCGCCCAGCUUAGAAGCAGCAGAUACAUUACUUUGUCAGGCCAUCGAAUUGACGCUGUUGUUUGUUCAAAAUAAUUUCACAGGACCAUUCCAGCAAUUAGAAGAAAUCAGUAAUAUUUUGCAAGCAAAAAAAUUCGUUGAAUAUGAUCCAUUCAAGAGGCUUAUGGAAAAUGGCGAAGAAAUAAAUCCAAAUGUAAAAUUAGGUGAAUUACUGGUGAUAGCAAAAGAAACUGUAAAUUUAUUGCGUCAGCACUGGUCGGAUGCUUUAUAUUUACAAUGGUGGCACAUGCGUUUGAUUUACAUACAACAGCAAGUGUUGGAUGAACUAACUAGCAAUUUAUAUGAAGAGCUUAAAGUGAUUGCUGAUUGGCUUCUAAAAAAUGUACAUAACGUUGAUGAUAAAGAGUUACAAGCAUUGCUUUAUCUAGAGGUAGCGAAUAGCUAUUUACUCUUUCAUCGCACACAAAAGUCGGAUGCAGUGCUUGAGGAUAUGUGCCAGUAUUUUGGCAUAGUGUUGAAUGUGGAAGGCUUACUUGGCGUACGUACCAAAUUCCAACAAAAGCCGCUGCCACAAUUAUGCCUCAAAGUGCAGCAUACCAAUUCCGAGCUGCCUUUAGCGCUGGCCACUAAUGGCAGUACAAUCAUACCCAAGUUACUGUUAUUAGACGAUGAUACGCGGCUAGAGCGCAUACGCUUCAUUGAACCUAAAGAUAAUGAUGUGAUGACGCUACCAAGUGUUUUGCAGGCCUUGGUAUUAGCAAAAGUUAAACAGCUUAAACGUUCCCAACCCAAAGAUCGUCUUGCGGACGAAGAAUUAGAGCCAUAUAUAAAAACUCUAUUAUACCAGGAGCAUGGCCCACUACAAGUCCGCCAGUCGGCUCUACUGCUCAACUGUGUACAAGAGUCUAAUCAACGGCGUACCGUAGAACGCAGCUGGAAACAGUGUGAAGGUGCUGUUAAACUGCUGGAUGGUACAAUAUAUUCACUACCAGAAAGGCUCUCCUAUGCAUUUGCUAGCUUUUUACAACCCAAAUGGCAGGUUCAACUGCAGUUGUGCGAGUUGUUGAUGUCAUUGGGUAUGACAAAAACAGCUUUAGAUGUUUAUUUAGAAAUACAAGCAUGGCGCGAAGUUAUACACUGUUAUACCAAACUGGAGCUACGUCAUAAAGCCGCUGAGAUAAUACAACAGGAACUGGCGAAAAAACCAACAGUGCUACUUCAUUGUCUGCUGGGCGAUGCUAUUGAUGACCCAAAUUGUUACGAGACUGCCUGGGAGUUCUCCAAACACACAAGUGGCAGAGCACAAGCACAUUGGGGUACAUAUUAUUUCCGGAAAGCGGAAUAUGCCGACGCGAUACCUCACUUAGAGAAAUCUGUAGAAAUAAAUUCCUUACAAGAGAAGAUAUGGUUACGUUUGGGUUAUGCUGCCAUACAACUAGAACGUUGGGAGCUCGCUGUACAUGCUUAUAUAACAUAUACACAUAUUGAGCCAUUAGGUUUUGAAUCCUGGAACAACUUGGCAAAGGCGCUCGUAAAAUUGGGUGACAAAGUGCGUGCACAUAAAGUGUUGAGCGAAUCGCUGAAAUGCAAUUAUAAUAAUUGGAAGGUUUGGGAGAACUUCAUGGUUGUCUCGGUGGAUACGUGCAAUCUAGAAGACGCUUUGAAUGCAUAUAGUCGUUUGAGCGACUUAAAGGAUCGCUAUUUAGAUUUGGAGGUGCUUUGUGUAACUAUUGGUUUAAUUGUGGAGGGUAAGGCUGAUGCUAAAGGUCAAACACAAGAGCGUUUACGUAAGAAAGCCGUAACGUUAAUGGCACAACAAUGCAUAAAGCAUGGCAACGAGCCGAAAGUUUGGGAAUUGGCCGCUUUGCUGGCAAUCACCCCACUGAAUAGGGCGCAAAAGCUUGUGAAGGCGGUAAAUGCGUAUACUACAAAAGAGUUAGAGUGGGCGACCAAGCAGCCCUAUGCCCUUAAAGUAAUACAAAUUUGCCAACAAGCUUGUGAACUAUCACUGGAAGCAACCAAGGAACAUACGGCAGAAGAAACUGAUGUAAUGAUUACAUCUCAACUGAAUUCCGCGCGUCUUGCAGCACAGGCUGUGCUACGAGCAACUGCAAAGGUUAUUGAAAAGUGGACAGAAAACGAAGAAGCUUUGGUGGUGCUGCGCGAGCAACUCGAUACGCUCACAGCAAAGGUGAAAGAGCGCAUGAAUGCUAAUUGAAACUAGUUUGAUAAAGAAAAAAACUUAUAAAUUUUAUGUUUAUAAAAUAAAAUAUAUUUUAACUACAAA